CCCGGCGGCUCCCAGCACCUCCACCCCAAUGCCUCCAACCGCUCCGACCUGCUCUCCAAAGGACCCGACGAGGAGGAUCUGGACGUCAACACCGAUAUCUACUCCAAAGUCAUGGUGACCGUUAUCUACCUUGCUCUCUUUUUGGUCGGCACCGUGGGGAACUCCAUCACGGCAUACACGCUGGUGCGCAAGAAGUCGCUGCAGAACCUACAGAGCACCGUGCAUUACCACCUGGCCAGCCUCGCCUUCUCCGACCUCCUCAUCUUCCUCCUCUGCAUGCCCAUCGAGCUCUACAACUUCAUCUGGGUCCAUCACCCCUGGGCUUUCGGGGGAGCUGUCUGCAAGGGCUACUACUUCCUCCGGGACGCCUGCACCUACGCCACGGCGCUCAACAUCGCCAGCCUCAGCGUGGAGCGCUACAUGGCCAUCUGCCACCCCUUCAAAGCCAAGAGCAUCAUGUCCCGCAGCCGCACCAAGAAGUUCAUCAGCUGCAUCUGGAUUGCCUCCUUCCUCCUCGCCAUCCCCAUGAUCUUUACCAUGGGGGAGAUUUAUGCUAAGGAUCAAGAUCCGGAUUCCAUCAUCUGCACCACCAUCGUGAACACCUCCACGCUGAAGACGGUCAUCCAGGUCAACACGUUCAUCUCUUUCGUGUUUCCCAUGGUCGUCAUUUCUGUGCUCAACACCAUCAUUGCCAACCAGCUCAUGAUCAUGUUCAAGCAAGCUGCCCAGGAAAACCAGGUCUGCACCAUCGGUGGGCAGCAGACGAUGCUCAGCAUGUCCAUGGAGCCCGGCCGUGUGCAAGCCCUGAAACAUGGUGUCAGGGUCCUGCGUGCGGUGGUGAUUGCCUUCGUGGUCUGUUGGCUCCCUUAUCACAUACGGCGCCUCAUGUUCUGCUACGUCCCCUCCAACCACUGGACAGAUUUCCUUUUCAACUUCUACCACUACUUCUACAUGCUGACAAAUGUCCUCUUCUACGUCAGUUCAGCAAUCAACCCCAUCCUAUACAACCUGGUAUCUGCAAAUUUCCGACAGAUCUUCCUUUCUACGCUCACACUCGUGUGCCUGCCAUGGAGGAAGAAGAAAAAACGACUUGCAUUCACCAGGAAAUCCAACAGCAUCUCCAGCAACCACACUUUUUCCAGCCAGGUCACAAGGGAAACUACAUACUGAAGCCAAAGGAGGAAGAGAAAUGCAUUUCAUGGAGUCUAAACUCGAGAGAGGCCUCUGUGACUUUCAUGCAUGGUCUCUGAAUUCAUGUAACACAAAGCGUGUUUAGCAAAGUCAUUUUUGUUGGGGAAAUAGGCUUCAUUCUGCCAGUAACUUUGAGGUUAUUUUAAAGCAUUGGCCUUGCCUCCUGUGAGUGAUGUCUACACAAUUUGUAAGUUCAGUCUGGUGUAAAUCCAGGUACAGUGUUAACUGGGAAGCCAAUAUAUGUUAAAUUUAGGCUACUUCAUACUGUAUUUCAUCCUUCUCUCAAUGCAGAGAUGCCAUGUUCACAUCCAAAGGUUUGAGAUCAUGCCUCUUAGUGGCACUGAGCAGAGUCUAAGGAGGAAAAAGCGGUUUCAAAAUGAAAGGGUUGUUUUUGGCAAAUGGACAUGCUCAUCUAUGGAUGGAUACUCAGUGAGCAAGGAGUGAAAACUCAGGGAGUCAGAUGGGUGUUUCAGAAUUACAUCUAAAUUCUUACAAAUAUGACCUGGGUGCUCAAAAGAGCCAUUCUGGCUCCUUGAACUUAAAUACCAACAGACGAUGCCUUACUUAGAAUAGGGUGAGGAUAGCCUGGGGGGAAUUGGAGUCAGCUUUCACUUUAGGGCAUGCAUAGUGCCUGGCGCAGGGAGCCCCACUCUCUGGUAUUGCAACACCUGUAAGUAACUGAGUCUCUGGCAAAGUCAAGAAUGUAGAAACUGUGCUCAGCUGGAGUGUUGAAAAUGAACAGAAAUGGAAAAUCUUACUUAUGCCACAUAGCCAAACUCUUGUUUCUUUUGCCAGGGAAAACAGCUAGCUGGCCUGCAUUAAAGAGGUGAAAAAACAGCAGGCUGCCGAGGGAUCCAACCUGCUGAUGUAAGAGCAACCAGCCCAGUUCUGUAGGACUCUAAGAUUUUUCCCAUUAUUUUCACAAGCUGACAUCUCAUAGGCUAUUGGCUGUAGGCAGCAGGGCCUCUUUUUCUACCUUUCAUUUCUUUUUGCUACCAAAACUGUUGGUACACUGAUCUCAUCACAUAAGGUCUAAGCUGGGGAGACUUAGCUCUAAAAGAAAUUUCUUUUAACAAAUCAGAGGAACAGGGCUGAGACCUGUUUAUACAGCAAAUCAGACAGUUUGGCUCAGUCAGGAUUGUGCUGAAUCCUGACUAUGAGUGGGUUCUGAACAAAAAUCAGGAUCAAAGUAAGAAGACAUACAGCAUAUCUUCUCUUCCUCAUAUGUUUCCCCUUGAUUAUUGCUUUGAAUUUGAGAUUUCUCAGCUGGCCAGGAUAGGUAGCAUGAUGUUUUUUCUUAUAAUGUUCUAGCACUAACAGCCAACUAUGAGAUGUAACAAAUUGCCCAAGAGCCUUUGACACAAGAAACCAAGGGCCUCUGGGACAAGCUAAAGGGCUUUCACUGCUGUCACAGCACCAGAUGGUGACCUGCAUGAACCCGGGAACCAACCCAUCAUUUUGUUCAACCUGUGCUGUGAUUUUGCUGUUAGUGACCUUAUGUCCCCCUUCACACAGAGGCAGAAAGUAAAUCAGAGCUGUCCCUGCUCACAUUCUCCUUGCCAGAGGCAUUCCUCAGCACCCAAUUGUGCUCACACAAAGGUGAGCCAAACGCAUCCUAUCAGGGAAACCAUGCAUUUUCUUAAAGGUCUGGCCUUUACAAAGUGAUGCAGUCACAAACCAUUGGCAGGAAUUCAAACAUACUCUAAAAUAGAGGUGAGACAUUUUGGGACAAGAGGCAGGCUGGAGAGCGUUGGUGAUAAUGUUAGGUUUUAGUCUUAUCUGGAGUUGUUGUGAGAAGGGUUAUUCUCUGUUGGUGGACAUUGCUGUUUGUUUCUGCUGCUUAGAAUGGCUGAGGGAAAGGUGGAUUAUUCCUGUUCACAAGCACAGAAAUGAAGAGAUUCUCCAUAAAGAGAGUUCUAGGGGGAGCUCUGCUGAAAGGAGGCUCUUUGCAAAUCCCUGCACACUUGCAGAGGGGGCUUGCUUCUUUAUGACAAACUAGAAGUGAUGCUUGGCUCCAUUCAGCUUUCCAGCUUUCCCUAUCCCCUGGCACUCUGCAACUACUGGCCACUCAUGGAACGUAGGACUAGUCUCAAUGCUGGACAUGUGCUUCUGGCCCAUGCACAGCUGUGUGGGCCUGCAGUCCUUCACAGUGUCCUCCACAAUGCAGAUCAGUUCCUGACACAUUCAGUACCAGCAGCAUCUCAUGAGUUAGGUCCUGCUGGGCUCAGGACAUGGAGGAAACACCUCUUGGGCAUUUGUUGUUCAUUGUGAGUGACAGCUCUCUGCUCCUGAGGCAUUUAUUGGCAGUGGUACAGAGCUAGCUGCACGGUACAACUGUCUGCUGCCAGCCAUGACCUCCAACCACACCCACCAGGGACAGGAGGUUAUUUUAAUGCCUACUACAGAACUACUCCAAAGGAAAGGGCUCAAAACAGCAAUCGGUCGGGCUUUAGUUCCUUCUGAUUCCGCCAAACUACAGGCUCUGUCCUGUCAUGCCUUCUCUUAAUUUCUCGCCCUGGUUGUACAAAACAGAGGGCAGAGUUUACAAUUGACGAAGCACUUUUGUUGCUCAUGUGCAGUUGACUUUUCUUUGACAAGGAAAAACAGUAAAGGGACACUCACACAGAAAAAGAAAAAGGACAGAGGAGACUGGCUUCUCUUUGCAAGGAAAUUUUUGAGGAACCAGCAAAUGUUAUCAUCGUGUGUGUGCUAGAAAUGGCUUGGACAGAUUGGAAGAGAAGCUGUAGAGGAUCAAUAUAUCCUGCACCAUGGGCUAUGUGAAACACACAGGAAUAGCAGAACCAUAUAUAGACCUGUAUGUUCUUGGUUUAUUCACUUUUGCUACUUUCAUCUAAUGCCCGUCCAUUACAGCUCAAACAUUUAUGGUGUUUGUAGAUGACUGUAGCUGAGAGGGGGACACAGCAUUUGUGGCACCUUGACAGCUUCCACCUGACUGAGGAAGGUGAGCUGCAAACAAAAUAAAUAACUCAUGGACACCAUCCAUAAUAGACCCUACAAACCCAAUUAUCUUCACUGCUCUCACUCCUCCUGCACUAACAAAGUCCAGGUACGAUGAGCAGAGGAAGAGGAGUCUUAAUGCUGCACACUUAGUGCCAGCCUUCCAGGCAAGACAACCUUUAAAUAGUUCUGGAGAGGACCCAAACUUUUUAACAGUACUUCUAAAUAGAGUCAACAACUGUGAGGUGGCUUCUGAAACCUCCCACGGAAGCUGUAACUGUGUGUUGCUUUGACUUUCAUUAGGAUUUAACAUCCUGUGUGUCUCAGUUGCUUUCCAGUAUUCACCUUUAAAAUGUUUAAUGUUAUUAAUAUGCUCAUUAAACACCAACCUGCUGAAAUGUGCUUGGUUAUCUUAGGAAACACUGUACAAAAAUAUUCUCACAUAAGAUGUUUGGCUUUGAUUUUUAUCACUGAGAUACACUGGCAGCUUAUGGAACUUUUGAUCACAGCUCUGUGAAGGUGGUGGCUUUAUUUUUGAUUUGACAUGAAAAUGAGAAUAAGCUGGAGUGAAAAUGAACUUAUCAUAAAGUUCUUCUGCAGUGUUUGUUGGAAUACUCAAGUCCUGAACAGCUGCCUGCAAUGGGAGAUUUAUCCAAGCAGUUUUCUGGCUUCUAAAGCCCUGUUCCUCCAGGUUAAUGUGGGAGCAGGCCAGAAUCUAUGGCCUUAACUUGGGAUUGCAGCUCAAAGCUACCUCUUCCAUUGGGCAAAUCUGAUUACCUGAGUUGAGAAGUAGAAGUUACAGCUGAUUUCAUCCUCUUCCCCCGCUUCACCUAGUUUUGCUCUGCUCAAAAUAGUUUCCCUGAGCUCAAAGAGGUGAGGAUAAGUCACUAUAAGACCCCGUGGUUUUCUAAAGAAAAGCAUGGUACUCUCGUGAAGAAAAAGCUACCAAAUGCCCAAUAUAUACCUAGGACAUGGUUCUCUUUCUUUCCAUGCCUUUCAACAAUGGUUGAACCGUUAACCCAACAGGGUUUAGCUUUAAAACUAGUGGAGUAUAAUUGGCUUUUGCCAUUAAACAAAAUGCAUCCUCACAUCUUUGUAUUCCUGUCUUGUCUGAAUUCUCUUUUGGGGCAGAGCGGUGAGCAUUCAUGCAGCGUGCUGUUAAUCUAUGCAAAUGUCCUGUAAGUGUUUCAAACUGUUUGUUUUGACUGGAAAAAAAUCUGUUGAACCCACAGAUGUGGAGUGCUGCCAGAUGGAUUCAGAGCGAUUCCUAUCUGAGGACAGUUUUUCAAGUGACCUCUUCAAAUAUACUUUUGAGGUUUAUCUUCACAGUCUUCAUGUCAGGGCCGUCUAUUUGGCAGUGUGUGAAAUUAGAUUUCUAAAGUCAUUAUGAUGUUCAGAAAUUUCCCCCAGACAGGACUUUCUCACCGCAGGCCCCAUACACAGAGGUGUUUGAACGCUCUGCUGAGCUUGUCUUUUUGCAAAGCGCGUGAGAUCUCGCUUCAGUGACUGCACCGUAAAGAAGAAAACUAAAUGGAAAAAUUGGUGACGAGGGUUAGCAGGACACGUGCUAGAAACACAGCAAUCACAGGAUCUUUGCAUUUAUAGCAUCAAACAUCCAGUGAACUAAAAGUCUGCCGUUGCUGCGGACAGCUUGUCUUGUGGAAUUGAGCUGAGCAUCUGUGCAGCUACCAUUUGUGCAUGCCCUCAGUGGGGGCUGAGAGCGCUGGAGUUUUCCUGUGCAACGUGUUGGGUGUUAGUCUGAUAUCUUCCUGGUCGUGUUGUUCGGUAGCUGUUUAAACAAAGCUUUAUCUGCUGGAGCUCUGUCUGAUUCUUUAACUUACAGAUGAACGACUUCUGUUUUCAGUUGAUAUUCAUUGAGCAGGGAAACAGAAGUUGCUAAAAUUCAUGGUGCUGUGUCCUGGCUUUGUGAUCAAGAGUCCUUCCCCAGCUGUGCCACCUGAUAGUCCUGCACAUACUGUAUUUAUGGCAAACAUUUCUUAAAGUGCACCUUUUUUUUUUUUCUUGAACUACAAAAUGUUGAUGUGCUUUAUUUUCUGUGGCCUGUUGUGCAAUGGGAAAAAAAUGAAUGUUCAAAGUGUGUCAGCGUCUCCUUUGUAAGAUUUUCUGUAACAAAGGGAAGGGAAAGGGUGUGAAAUCCUUUUGUACAGCAAUGGGAAACGCUCUUUCGAUGUAACAUGCUAUUAUUGAUACUGUGUUUACUAUCAAACUGUAACGAAAUGGUUAUUUCCUGAUAUUAGCCUUUGUACUGUAUGAUAUUUUAUUUUAUUUUAUU